GUUAAUUUAAUCCCUUUAAAAUUGUUAGAUUGAAAAUAUUCUUUAGUUCGAAAAGUUGUGGCAACAAAGUUUGUUCGUUCAUGUAAUUAAAUACAUUGAUAUAUUUUUUUGGAAGCUUGGGAUUGGAUUGCCUAUUUUGUAAAACGAAACACGUUUAACUCCUUUGAAUCAGCAAUAUAUGAAAACUUUAUCUGUUUAUUCUUCUUUGGAAUAGAAAAUGUAAAUGUACAUUAAUAAUGACAUAAAAUUAUUUUAUAUAAAAAAUAAGAAUAUUAACUUGGCAAUAUUUUGAUUACAUGUGAAAACAAAAUGAAUGAUAAUUAUAAUCCCAUUGAGAUAAAUUCCUCAUCAUUUCAUAAGUUAAAUUCCUCAAAUUGCAUUGAGUUGAUGGAUAUACAAGAUAAAAACUCAAAUACAUGUAUGAAAAAGGUACUCCUAAACACGAAUACUGCAGUAGGAAGAAAAUUUGAUGGCAGAAUUGAAAAACGAUGUGCUGCAAGUAAAGAUAUGCUGAAUGCAACUGGUUCUAUUAAAUCUGAUAUAAAUAACACAGUGAGAGAAAAGCUUGCUGAAGAUGACACACUUAAAGGACAAUUUUUGGAUAUUUUAAAGAAAGAAAAUGUUGAUAACACUGUAGAAAAUAUAGACAUGAUAAAUUUCGAAUCGUCAUUAUCAAAUAAACAAAACAAUGAUGUCGGUGAAAUAUUUAUAGAUGGAAAAACUUUUGAAUUCUUCUUAAAUCAAAAUAAAAUUAAUGUUGUUAAUAAUACUGAAAAGGAAAGUCUGCUAUUAAAAUUUGAUCCACUAUUUGCAAAAAGAGUUUCUUCAAUUGAUAAGCAUGAAGAUUUCAAUAAUGUCAAAAAAUCACAAAGGACACCUUCGACAAAUGAACCAUUCAGUAGUGAUACUGUAGAUACAAAUGGAACUAAUACUUGUAAGCCGACUAUGAUUGUGAAUCCAGCUAUUAAUUAUCUAGUAUCAACAACACCAAUAAGAGAGAAUAGACAGUUAAUAACAUUUACUCCACCCCCAGUAACUACUGUUGACCACUAUUUACUUAAUGAUAAUCCCAACAUAAGUCUAAUGGAUCUAGACAUCGCAAUACACGAAAAGAUGCAUGAACAAAUUUAUACUAAUAAUAUUAGAACACUUACACAAUAUAAGGAGAUGUUAGCUGAUAAGGAAAUAGAGUUAAAUAUGCUACGAAAAGAUACGCAAGACCUAGCAUAUAAAUUGACUGUAAUAAAAUCUCAAGUAAUGGUUAACAAACAUGAAUGUAAUGAUAAAUUAGAUAAUAUUAACAAUUUAAAUAAAAAGAUUAGGGAAGAGACUAUAAUAACUAAAAAAAUGGCCACAAGUUUAGAAGCACGCGAGGAAGCGGUUAAAUGUUUAGUAUCAGAGUUGGAGGGUGACAGGAAACGUAGAGCUGAAGAGAGAAUAAAAUUAAUUUAUGAACGCGAUGAGUUUACUGCUCAUCUCUCUAGUAUGAAACAUUCAUUUAAUGAUUUUCUUUGUAAAUAUGAGAAAAGCAAACAAACUAUUUUAGCAUUGAAAGCAAAUGAGGACAGUUAUAUGAAAUCUAUUGAGGAAUUUGAUGAGUCUGUUUUGAAAAUGCAGAGUAAUUUUAAUUUAUUGAAACAACAGACUACGUCCCAACUUAAUGAUGCCAAUCAAGAACUUGAGAAGAUCAACAAAUUGCAUGAACCAGAAGUAUUGAAAUUGAAGGCAAUGAUUAAGAUGGAGGAACUUCGUAUUAAUUCAUUGGAAGUUAUGCUGGCUCAGAAAACACAGGAAGGUGAAAAGUUGACUGCUAUUUGUGAAGAGCUUAUUUGUCGUGCUAGUGUCAAUAAAGGCUGAACGUUGAAAUAAGUAUCAGGCUUUUUAAUAGAGUGAUAGUAAAAGUAGGAUGCUGCAGUCGCUCGUCGUACCGUUUCGCUACGGUGUAUAUUUGAGCGAAGCGAAAUAAACUAGCGAAGUACAAAAACAAAACAAAAUUUAUCAAACAAGAUUUGAUCAAUCGGCUCAAUUUUUAAAUAAAUAUAAAUAGCGCGUGCUAAUUUAGAAUAAUUUGUAAAUGAUGUUUGUUUUAAUUAUAAUGAUUGAAUCAAGUCAAAAUCUGUCUAGAAAAUUUCGAAAGCUUUCUAGGAGUUAAAUUUUUUUUUAAAUCGGUCUAGAAAUGGCCGAGAAACAAUUUAACACAGAAAUCAAUUGGAGUCACCCGGUGGGAGCUCCGCUCAUCUUCGCUUCGCUCAAUAAAUUGUUAGGAACUGAUGAGCGGAUGGUAAAUCAUAAAUAUUUGUUUCGCAUUUCAGACAAUCGACCCUUUUAAUAUAUGUUCAAAAUAUAUCUUUGUUAUAUUUGCGUUAAUAAACUCAUUUUUUAACUAGCUAUGUUUCAUGUGGAAAUGACUACCUAUAUGACUGCUCUCUCUCAAAGACUCAGUGUUACCUAUAUUAACUAUUUAUAAAUUGCGAACUAAUGAAUAAUUAACUUUCCUACAUUUAGAUUGUGUUUUCAUCUUUCGUUGAUCUAUUAAUAUUUAUUUAAAGCAUGUUAUACGGCGACCUUAGAUCGUGUUCGGCUGUAAGUCACUUAUUUUUAUAUAGUAUGUUUGCGUUUUAUAUGAUGUGUUUUUGUUGUUAACCAUUAUUGUGCGGGCCAUAAUUGAUGACUUAAUAGAUUUUACGUACAUUAAAUUAAUUAAUUUUUAAUAAACGAAUAUAG